AUGUCGCAACACGCCUUGUCCGACCAGCAGGUCAACAAUGAGCUCAGCAAGAUGACGGAGUUCAUCAAGCAAGAAGCCAUGGAGAAGGCCCGCGAGAUCGAGAUCAAGGCCAACGAGGAGUUCGAGAUCGAGAAGUCCAAGCUCGUCCGCCAGGAGACAGAUGCCAUCGACAGUCAGUACGAAAAGAAGUUCAAGCAGGCCACCAUGUCCCAGCAGAUCACCCGCUCAACCGUUGCCAACAAGACGCGACUCAAGGUCCUCGGUGCCCGCCAGGAGCUGCUCGACAACAUAUUUGAGGAGGCCCAGAAGAAGCUCGCCGAGGGUGCCAAGGAUAAGGGCAAGUACCAAAAGGCCCUCAAGGGUCUCUUGCUCGAGGGUUUCUACGCUCUGGACGAGCCUGAGCUCCAGGUCCGCGCGCGCAAGAAGGAUUACGAUGUUGUCAAGAAGGCCAUCGAGGAGGCUGCCAAGGAGUUCAAGAAGGAGCUUGGAAAGGACAUCACAGCAAAGAUUCAAGAGGACGAUCCCCUCCCCGAGGGAAUUGCUGGCGGUGUCGUUAUUAUCAGCGGAAGUGGAAAGAUUGACAUCGAUAACACCUUUGAGGCGAGAUUGCGACUCUUGGAAGAGUCUGCUGCUCCUGCAGUACGAGAGGCUCUAUUCGGCAAGAACCCUAACCUACCUAGUGAAUCGCCGCAUGCCUUCAUCCUUUACGCCUAG